UACACUAGGAGCAAGAAACAGGAAGAAACCAGUUGGUAGAACACAAUCAUAGGCUGGCAGGAAAUCAGCGACUAUUUGUCACCCCUUCCAAAGAGGAGGAAAAGAGUUGGUGGCAGAUACUCAGUACCAUCAAAUAUCCAGCAGAGAGAUUAAAUCUCCUUUUCUCCAUGCCAGGAUACUCAGAGUUUUACUUCAAUGUGGACCAUGGCUACUUGGAGGGUCUGGUCCGAGGGUUCAAAGCUGGGAUCUUGACAAGUGCGGACUAUGUCAAUUUAGCACAGUGUGAGACACUAGAAGAUCUGAAGUUACAUCUACAGACUACAGACUAUGGCAACUUCUUGGCUAAUGAAACUGGCCCUCUCACUAUUUCCACCAUCGAUGAUAAACUGAAAGCAAAACUACUCACGGAAUUUCAUUACUUUAGAAACCAUGCCUUUGAACCCCUUGCCACUUUUCUGAAUUUUAUCACAUACAGCUAUAUGAUUGACAACGUAAUUCUUUUAAUAACUGGCACAUUACGUCAGCGGCCCAUAGCUGAACUUGUUCCCAAGUGCCAUCCACUGGGGAGCUUUGAGCAAAUGGAAGCAGUCAGCAUUGCCUCAAACCCCACUGAGCUGUUCAAUGCAAUUUUGGUUGACACGCCAUUAGCUGCUUUCUUUCAAGACUGCUUGUCUGAAAAUGACCUGGAUGAAAUGAACAUUGAAAUAAUGCGCAACAAACUGUACAAGUCUUAUCUUGAGGCGUUUUAUAAGUUUUGUGAAAAACAAGGUGGUACUACGGCAGAAAUAAUGAGACCUAUUCUUGAGUUUGAGGCAGACAGACGUGCCUUUAUCAUCACCAUUAAUUCAUUUGGCACUGAGCUGAGUAAAGAUGACCGAGAGAAGCUGUAUCCAACCUGUGGAAAACUGUAUCCAGAAGGCUUACACCUGUUGGCCAAUGCAGAUGACUACGAGCAAGUGAAGUGUGUUGCAGAUUACUAUGCCGAAUACAAGGCUGUGUUUGAAGGUGUAGGGAGUGGCACUGGAGAAAAGACACUGGAAGAUGCAUUUUUUGAACAUGAGGUAAAGCUGAAUGUGCUUGCAUUCAACAACCAGUUUCAUUUUGGAGUAUUUUAUGCCUAUGUAAAGUUAAAGGAACAAGAAUGCAGGAAUAUUGUAUGGAUUGCUGAAUGCAUUUCUCAGAGACACAGAACCAAAAUUAACAACUACAUUCCAAUUUUCUAAAUCUGAGAAUUUAUAACCCUACAAUGCCUGAAAAGAUGCAUUAUUUCAUAUAAAAGAAAAAUCUUAUUUCAAAAGUUAACUCAUCAUAACUUAACUUUUAAACUGUAUUAAUGAUGCUCAUUAUAUACAGCGGUGUAAGAAAAAGUAAUGCAAUUAGAGAUAUGAGUACUUUAUAAGGAAAUAUUAAGGGGCUUAUUCAUAGUUUUUGCUGGUAGAUUUGUUCCCCACUGUGCCCAUUUUAAUUUAAUAGAUCAGUACAAACUCCCUGCAAGGUCUUACAUACAUAUUCUUUCUCUUUUGUGGAAGCAAGCUUUAUAUCAAUGAUGUUUGAUUAAUUAAUUGAUUAAUGGCUUAAUUUUGAAUUAAUGGUUUUCUCAAAGGGCCAACUAAACCACUACUUCUAUCUCACACUUAUGGUCUUCUUCAUGGCAUACAAGAUUGUAUGAUAGACUUAAUACAUAAAUAUGAGAGAAACUUUAGGGUUACCCUGAGAUUCCCCUUAAGGAAUCUCAAGAAAGAGCUUCCUGAACCUUUCUAACUGUGAUACCUCUGUGCAGCUAAAUGUAAACAACUAACUUCAUUUUCAUGAAAAUAUUUUCACUUAUUCCUUUAUGGUCACAUGAAGAGCACUGUAAGUGUCAAACAAUGAGUGUCUGAUCUACUCCACAGCAAUACAAAUAUCUCCUCCCAGCACACCAGAGACACUAUCUUCAUGUAUGCACUAGGGAAGAUUAUGAAACAUGAAUGAAAAUACCAGCCAAGUCUGUAUCAGUUUUACAUCAGACACAAACAACACCAGCUCCGAGCUAUUUGAGGACCUGGCUAAGAUUGGUAACUAAAAAUAGAGUGAAAAGUUGAAGCCAGAUUGUAGCAGGACAAGAUUAAUUCUGCUGAAGAAAAAAGGAAGGAUUCUGAAAGCCAUAUCAACAUUCUGCCUUCCUACUCCAUUCAAAAAAUUUGUCCUUUUAUCUUUGAAACAGGCCAUACCUUGAUUUUCUGCAUGAAUCCUUAGUUUCAGGCUGCACAACAGCAAAUCUCAGUCUUCAGCUGACUAUGCUUCCAGUAAUACGAUACAGAAAUAAAAUCCAUUUCCUGCCGAGUAGACAGAAAAAUAAAAUAUAUCUGAUGUCAACACCUCAGAAUUAUGGAAAACAUUCAGGCAUCAUGGUUUUAAGAACUGAGAUAUAAUCUCUCUCUCUCUCUCUAAUAUAUACAUGUGCAUAUGCAUUCAUACAUGAGAAAUAGAAAACUUUACCAUUUUUAUAGCUAAAACCAUACUUCUUAAAUGUAAACGUAACCAAAGGGUUAUAUCCCAGAACAUCCCAUACUGAUUUAACAGAGAAUUCAGAAGAUUUUUAAUAUUUUGCUUUAUUGUGAAUCACAGAGAACCUUACAUUACUACUUUUCAAAAUACCUUCAAAGAGUUUCCCUUAGAAAUAAUUUUGUAGGAAUUUAGAAAAAUUGACUAAAAAGAAGUAAGUGUAUAAAAAUAUAAUACAAAUCUUAUUUCUAUAUUGAGGCUUCUUUGUUUAGUAGAUCUAGUAAUUCAGAAGCAAGAAUAAAAAAAGAAAAAAGAAAAUGAACUGUAAGAUUUGUGGAUUGCAAUUUCAUUUUGGCCUGUGUAGUUGCUUCCUUGCACUGCUUUUGUUAUUUUGCAUUUCUUGGUUUGUAUUUCCCAGUCUAAUCUGUGACCGAUGCUUUCCAGUUCACACCUAUAUCGCAAGUUGUACCACAAACUAUUUCACAAACUGCAAUGAAGAAAGUAAUAGGGCCACAUUCUCUCAAAUUUGCAUUUUUCUGUACUGUUUAGUAAUUGCA